AUGCGGAGCGCCGGCUACGCGGUGGUACAGCAGGCGAUGGUGGAGGUGGCGGCUGCCGCGGUGUGGCAGGCGGCGAAUCUAGCGAGGCGGCGCGGGCACGCGCAGGUGACCCCGCUCCACGUCGCCAGUGCAAUGCUCUCCACCGGCGGCCUCCUCCGCGCCGCCUGCCUCCGGUCCUCGUCCCACUCGAAGUCUCCCGCGCUUCGCCCCGAGGCACUCCAGUUCUGCCUCGACGUGGCGCUCAGCCGCCUCCCGAUGGUCUGGCCACCGGCCGCCGCCAUGUUCCGCCACCACGGCGCGCCGGUAUUGGCGCUAUCGAACGCACUCGUGGCGGCGCUGAAGCGCGCGCAGGCACACGAGCGCCGAGGCUCCGCGGACGGCGGCCAGCGGCAGCCGGGCGGGCUCGUCGUCAAGGUCGGGCUGGAGCAGCUCGUCGUGUCCAUCCUCGACGACCCGAGUGUCGACCGCGCCUUGCGCGAGGCCGGCUUCUCAGGCCAUCAGGUCAAGGCCAAUCCUACGUGCCUGCAGCAAAAGUUCAUUGAACUCACCUCAGAGAAUCUCAAGAUCUUGUGUGAUGCCCUGGAGCGGUGCGUCCCGUGGCGAAAGGACAUCGCCCCUGCAAUAGCGGCCACCGUGCUGCGGUGCCGAUCCGGCAUGAUGAGGCCGGCCUCCUCGAUGGCGUGGCUGCUCUUCCGAGGAAACGAUGUCAACGGCAAGAGGGCAAUGGCCCAGGAGCUCGCGAAGCUUGUAUUUGGCUCCUAUAGCGAGUUCACCUUGAUUAACUCCGCCGACACCUCUAGCAACGCGGGUGACCGCGCCCUCAAGAGGAGGAGGUCACCAGAUGUCGGCAAUGGCUAUGUCGGGAUAAGGUUGUUCGAGGCACUCAUAGAAGAACCUCACCGUGUUGUGUUUAUCGAUAAUAUCGAUCAAAUCGAUCACGAGUCAGAAAUCGCAAUCAAGAACGUGAUCGCGACGGGGAGGGUCAUGGGCUGCAACGGCGCCGGCAUAGCCAGUCUGGAGGAUGCCAUUGUAGUGUUGAGCUCUGAAGUGUCUGAGCCAAGGUCAUUCGCUUCUGCAUCCCCUCUGACCAAGCGACGAAGAAUUGGUGGACUGGACCCUGGGGAAGGUGCUGCGGAGAGGCAAGUAGAAUCACAUCGUUUUGCCUUUGAUUUGAACGCUCCUAUGGAGGAUGCGGAAGAGCAGGAGGAAGUGAACUCGGUUGACAGUAUGGGGAUCAUGGGUGUUGUGGAUGGUGUUUUCCAUUUCGAUUAG